AUGUGCAGACUCUGCUUCUCUCGGGAAUGUAGCUCACCUCCAGCUAAGGGCCCUCUCCAUGAAUGUCAGUGUGACGGGAUUCUCUCCUUUAUAGGAAAGGCUGAAGCAGAAGAGCUGGGCUCCUGCCCUCCACACACCAAGACGGAGCCUGGGAGGCAGUCCUGCUCCCCCCGCUGGCGUGGCAAAGCGCUUCGGGAGGCAGGCCAGCCCUCCCGGCCCAGAGCCAGCCCUGGGGUCUGCGUCUCCGGCACGUCCCCUCAGGGCUCUGCACAGCCUCGUCUUGUCAGGGAGCCUGAUCGCACCACCCCACUUCCCCAUCUUCUCUUCCUCUGUGGCCCGUGUGCGGCAUGGGUGCUAUCUGUUGUUUAUGAACCUGUUUUUUUUUAA